UAUCAGUACAUCAGAUUCUUGGCUACUAGCUUUCUGGGUCUGCUUUUGUUUGUAGGCAGUCUUGUUUGAGAGGCAGAGAAAGAGAGAGCAAAGUGAGUGGCAAUGGAGGGCAAGGAAGAGGAUGUUAAGUUGGGAGCAAACAAGUUCUCAGAGAGGCAGCCAUUAGGGACAUCAGCCCAAACUGAGAAGGACUACAAGGAGCCUCCACCUGCUCCAUUGUUCGAGCCCGGAGAGCUCAAGUCAUGGUCCUUUUACAGGGCUGGAAUUGCAGAGUUUAUGGCCACUUUCUUGUUCCUCUACAUUACCAUCUUGACAGUAAUGGGUGUGAACAGGUCACCCAGCAAGUGUGCCUCCGUGGGUAUUCAGGGCAUUGCUUGGUCCUUUGGUGGCAUGAUCUUUGCCCUUGUGUACUGCACUGCUGGCAUCUCAGGAGGACACAUCAACCCAGCAGUGACCUUUGGUCUGCUACUGGCAAGGAAGCUAUCCCUCACAAGAGCUGUAUUCUACGUGAUCAUGCAAUGCCUUGGUGCCAUUUGUGGUGCUGGUGUGGUCAAGGGUUUCGAGAAAUCUAAUUAUGGAAUGUUGGGUGGUGGAGCCAACUUUGUUGCACCCGGAUACUCCAAGGGUGAUGGUCUUGGUGCUGAGAUUGUUGGCACCUUUGUUCUUGUCUACACUGUCUUCUCUGCUACUGAUGCCAAGAGAAACGCCAGAGACUCCCAUGUCCCUCUUUUGGCUCCUCUCCCCAUUGGAUUUGCCGUCUUUUUGGUUCAUUUGGCCACAAUCCCCAUCACAGGAACUGGGAUUAACCCAGCCAGGAGUCUUGGAGCUGCUAUAAUCUACAACAAGGACCAUGCUUGGGAUGACCAUUGGAUCUUCUGGGUUGGACCAUUCAUUGGAGCUGCUCUUGCUGCUGCUUAUCACCAGAUAGUCAUUAGAGGUCUUCCUUUCAAGAGUAACAGUGCUUAAGGUCUGCGACUGAAUCCGGCGAUUGUCCUGCAUGAGCCGCUCAAAGGAAAACCAAAAUACUUGUUCUCUCAUUUCUGCAUUUUUCAUUUCUUUACUGUGUCUCUCUUCUUCUUCUCCCUUAGCCACCAUUGGACUAAGCUAAUUUGAUGUGAACUUGUGUGAAUUAUGUUUGUACAUUGCUUUUUGAAUGGAUAAUUAUUUUUCUUUUA